AUGUUGGAUGUUGAAGUUGUCCCCGAGUUAGGGAUACGACAUAAACUUUGGGAGUUCGUUCUUGGGAUGCCCAUCCAACAAAUGAUUGACAUUCUACGAAAACAAGAUCAUACGAUUAAAAAUGUUGAUUUUUGGUAUAGUGACAAGGAUCCUUUCAGCAUGAAUUUGGUAUUGGUAUUACCUGGUGAUGGCGUAAAAUUUCACUUUGACCCAUUUUUACAAAGACUUAGGAUCAUCGAAGUUUUUGAUUUGUCCUCCAUCACAUUACGGUAUUGGUCACAGUAUUUUAACAGUCCAUCUAUCUUACCAACAAUGCAGGAGGUUUUAAGAAUAUUCGGAUCCACAAAACCUCUCGUCCCAGCGGAAUCAGAUGGUGACUACCAACUAACUUAUCGAGGUAUUACCUUCAUAUUGCGAAGGUUCUCUACUGGAAGUCGUGAAUCGAUUGAUUCCAAGUCUGAUCUACUUGCUACACGACUAUUUAUUUAUCUGGGUAGUAAUUUGGCAGAAGCUAAAGUCCCAGUUGAAUUACCUAGUGCAUGCUAUUUACAAAAUGUUUUUCUUGAAAGACUCGAAGUCAACAGAUCAGUCAAUGCUACCACAGACCUAACGUUACACCUUGUUGCUCAAGAUUUAAACGUGAAUCCAACUCGUGAACCUCAAAUCCGUCGGUUUACUCGCUCUUUAACUUUUGGAGAUUCUGUUCAGGAUGUACUUUCAGCUUUAGGUUCUCCAAGUCGUGUAUUUUAUAAAACUGAAGAUAAAAUGAAAAUUCAUCUUCCUCAAUCUCAUCGACUUGUGCAACCUAGAAAAUCGGAUUAUUUUUUCAACUAUUUUCCACUUGGCUUAGAUAUAUUAUUUGAUGCCCAAACACAUGAAGUAAUGAAAUUUGUUUUGCAUACAAAUCAACCAGGAGAGUAUACAUUUAACACAUAUUAUCGAUGUCUUUUUGAAAUACCAAUUCCUAUUGUAAAAUCAUCUAAAGAGAAUACAAAUACUGAAAUUGAUGAAACAGAUAAUGUAAUAAAUGAAACAAAAUAUUUAGUAACACCAUUCUCAAAAUGGUCUGAUAUUCGACAACAUUUAAUUUCAUCAAUGGAUACUGAACCAGUGGUUAUUUAUAGAGAAUCGAAACCACAACAGAAUCCUUUUGGUCCAACACAUGCAUACGGUUAUCAGGAUAUUAUAUUUGAAAUUAUUCCAACCAGUGAAUGUAUAGCAUCAGUAACAUUAUAUACUCCAAUUCAUCUAUCUAAAACCUAG